CUCUACAGCCUACAGUGUGAACGUCACACGUUGAACGGCGCAGGGAAGUUCGUCACCGUCGCUGUUGGACCUGCUGCCGCUGGAGCUUUCGAGGUUCUGCUCGGUUACAUUUUUGUUUUGGUUCAAAUGCAGACUUUGAGCGUCGGCCUCUAAGCCAUUUUUCGAUAAACAAAUACCGUGAGGAUUUUCAUCUUUAGACGAAGACCGGAAACCGCGCAGUAAAGCGAAAGUUGAGAGUCGAGAUGAGUGUGGAGGCGUACGGGCCGAGCUCCCAGACCCUCACCUUCCUGGACACCGAGGAAGCAGAGUUGCUCGGAGCGGACACCCAGGGCUCUGAGUACGACUUCACCGACUUCACCCUUCCCAGCCAGACGCAAACUCAAGGCCAGACGCAGAGCCAGCUGGACAGCCAGGUAAAUGGUCCUGAUGAAGGUCUUCACAACGGUGGAGUGGAUGACCCCGUGGCCAAACCCAGCCAGCUGUUGGCCGAGCUCAACUUUGAGGAGGAUGAAGAAGACACGUACUACACCAAAGACCUGCCUGUGCACGCAUGCAGCUACUGUGGAAUCCAUGAUCCAGCGUGUGUGGUGUACUGCAAUACCAGCAAGAAGUGGUUCUGUAAUGGGCGUGGCAACACAUCUGGCAGUCACAUUGUGAACCACUUGGUAAGAGCCAAAUGCAAAGAGGUGACGCUGCAUAAAGAUGGGCCGCUGGGCGAGACGGUGCUCGAGUGUUACAACUGCGGCUGUCGCAACGUCUUCCUCCUGGGCUUCAUCCCAGCCAAGGCCGAUUCCGUGGUGGUGCUACUCUGCAGGCAGCCCUGUGCCAGCCAGAGUAGCCUGAAGGACAUCAACUGGGACAGCUCGCAGUGGCAACCACUGAUCCAGGAUCGCUGCUUUCUGUCCUGGCUGGUGAAAAUCCCAUCGGAGCAGGAGCAGCUUCGGGCUCGUCAGAUCACCGCCCAGCAGAUCAACAAGUUGGAGGAGCUCUGGAAGGACAACCCCACUGCCACCUUGGAAGACCUGGAGAAACCUGGAGUGGACGAGGAGCCCCAGCAUGUGCUGCUACGCUACGAGGACGCCUACCAGUACCAAAACAUCUUUGGCCCUUUGGUCAAACUGGAGGCUGACUACGACAAGAAGCUUAAGGAGUCCCAGACCCAAGACAAUAUAACAGUCAGGUGGGACCUGGGGCUGAAUAAAAAGCGGAUUGCCUAUUUCACUCUGCCCAAGACGGAUUCAGGUGAUAUGCGGCUGAUGCAAGGUGACGAGAUCUGCUUGAGGUACAAGGGAGACCUGGCCCCGCUGUGGAAAGGCAUUGGUCAUGUCAUCAAAGUCCCUGACAACUAUGGGGAUGAAAUUGCUAUUGAGUUGCGGAGCAGUGUUGGAGCACCUGUUGAAAUCCCCCAUAACUUCCAGGUGGACUUUGUGUGGAAGUCCACGUCCUUUGACAGGAUGCAGAGCGCCCUGAAGACGUUUGCAGUGGACGAGACCUCCGUGUCUGGUUACAUUUACCACAAACUGCUGGGCCACGAGGUAGAGGAUGUCACCAUCAAGUGCCAGCUGCCAAAGCGCUUCACUGCCCAGGGCCUGCCCGACCUCAAUCACUCACAGGUGUAUGCUGUGAAGACGGUGCUGCAGAGGCCUCUCAGUCUGAUCCAGGGUCCUCCUGGCACUGGGAAGACUGUCACCUCUGCCACCAUCGUCUACCACCUGUCCCGACAAGGCAACGGACCAGUUCUGGUGUGUGCGCCCAGUAACAUUGCCGUGGAUCAGUUGACUGAGAAGAUUGACAAGACAGGACUGAAGGUUGUCAGGCUUUGUGCCAAAAGCCGUGAGGCCAUCGAGUCACCAGUGUCCUUCUUGGCUCUGCACAACCAGAUCAGCAACAUGGACAGUAUGCCGGAGCUUCAGAAACUACAGCAGCUGAAGGAUGAGACCGGUGAGCUGUCGUCUGCUGAUGAGAAACGCUACAGGGCUUUGAAACGCACAGCUGAGAGGGAGCUGCUCAUGAAUGCUGACGUUAUCUGUUGUACCUGCGUCGGGGCUGGAGACCCUCGUCUGGCCAAGAUGCAGUUCCGCUCCAUCCUGAUUGAUGAGAGCACCCAGGCCACAGAGCCAGAGUGCAUGGUGCCCGUGGUGCUUGGAGCCAAGCAGCUCAUUCUGGUGGGUGAUCACUGCCAGCUGGGUCCUGUGGUGAUGUGUAAGAAAGCAGCUAAAGCAGGUCUGUCCCAGUCCCUGUUUGAACGCUUGGUGGUUCUGGGGAUACGGCCAAUUCGCCUGCAGGUUCAGUACCGCAUGCACCCGGCUCUCAGCGCCUUCCCCUCCAACAUCUUCUAUGAGGGCUCCCUGCAGAAUGGUGUCACUGCAGCUGACCGCAUCAAGAAAGGGUUUGACUUCCAGUGGCCACAGCCGGACAAGCCCAUGUUCUUCUACGUGACUCAGGGUCAGGAGGAGAUUGCCAGCUCUGGAACCUCCUACCUUAAUAGGACGGAGGCUUCCAACGUAGAGAAGAUCACCACCAGGCUGCUGAAGGCUGGAGCCAAACCUGACCAGAUCGGCAUCAUCACCCCAUACGAGGGACAGCGCUCCUACCUAGUCCAGUACAUGCAGUUUAGCGGCUCCCUGCACACCAAACUCUAUCAGCAAGUGGAAAUAGCCAGCGUGGACGCCUUCCAGGGCAGAGAGAAGGACUUCAUCAUCCUGUCUUGUGUUCGUGCCAAUGAGCACCAGGGCAUUGGCUUCCUGAAUGACCCACGUCGUCUCAACGUGGCGCUGACCAGAGCCAAGUAUGGCGUGAUUAUCGUGGGAAACCCCAAGGCCCUCUCCAAGCAGCCGCUGUGGAACAACCUGCUGAACAACUACAAGGAGCAAAAGGUCCUCGUGGAGGGACCCCUCAACAACCUGAGGGAGAGCCUCAUGCAGUUCAGCAAGCCACGCAAACUGGUCAACACCAUCAACCCUGGGGGACGUUUUAUGAGCAAUGCGAUGUACGAUGCCCGUGAGGCCCUCAUCCCUGGCUCUGCCUAUGACCGCAGCAGUGCCGGACGUCCGUCCAACAUGUACUUUCAAACUCACGACCAGAUUGGGAUGAUUGGGGCAGGCCCCGGUCACAUGGCUAUGAAUAUUCCCAUACCCUUCAACUUGGUGAUGCCACCAAUGCCUCCGCCCAGUUACCUGGGUCAGACCAACGGCCCUGCUGCAGGUCGUGGAGCUAUGAAGGGUAAGCCUGGGCGUGGCGGGCGGCAGAGGAUCCGUGGAUCAGCACACCAGGGUGCCAGUCAGGGUAACGGACCAAACAGCCAGGCCAGCCAGGAUGGGGCCUCCCAGCCCUUCUCCCAGGGGCCGCUGACACAAGGCUACAUAUCCAUGAGCCAGCCCUCUCAGAUGAGCCAGCCUGGCCUCUCCCAGCCAGAGCUGUCCCAGGACAGCUACCUGGGCGAUGAGUUCAAGUCCCAAAUCGAUGUGGCUCUGUCCCAGGACUCGACUUACCAGGGUGAACGUGCAUACCAACAUGGUGGGGUGACUGGACUGUCACAAUUCUAAAGUGUCACUUGAAGAAGGGAGCUAGGCUUGAGCUGAGCUUAGUUCAUCAGCUUUUUAAUCUGGGAAAUAAUAAAAACAUAAAAUGGAUACCUGUUUUCCUCUGCUACAACCGAAGCACCACCAAGUGAAAGCGACGGGAUAGCGAAACGAAACCAAUGACCAGGGAGAGAAAUAAGAGGGUAGAAGACGGAAGAGGGCACGAACAGACGGGCAUGGAGAUGGCAAGAGAGGCCGAGUGAACAAGCGAGAGGCAGGGACCGAUGCCCGUCCAAAGUGAAGGAGGGAAGUCGAGAAGAUGGCGGCGUGUGGUCGAGCUGCUGAGGGAAACGGAGGGGAGAUCUCAACGGUCUCUCGUGGGAAUCCAAAUGAGGCUCAACUCCCAACAAAAUAAUCCAGCCAGCCCCUUCAACCCACAGCCUCCAGGAAACGAAGGAAAGCUAUCUUAACUUCAGAUGGGGAUCGAAAGCUUUCCAGCUGAAUUUGAAGAACUUGGUCUCCAAACUUGCAGGGCGUAUGAUUACAGAAAGCCAUCGAACAGGAAACACAAAAUCCCAAUGCUAAAAGUCGGUUGGUUUCUCAACCUGUAUUUCUUAAAUUUGGUUUAUCAUGGGAGGAGAGCGGCACCAUCAAUCUUCUAGUGGGCCCAAAAACCUCAGCAGCCUCUGAAGGAAGCAGCAGUCAACACUCUCGGAGAGGAAAUAAAAAAACACGGUUUCUGUGCUUGAGUCUGAGAAUAAAGAGCCUUGAAUUGAAAUACCUUUCGCCUUGAGAAACCCUGGCUCUUUCACAAGGUCUUUUACAGGGUGGUUUCGACCACGUCAGUGGUGGCACAGCACGGGGAUUUCAGACAUGACGAUAUCCCACCGAUAUCGCGAUCAUCAUGGGACAGUUUUUCCUUCUCUGAAGUACCUUUCUUAUCACAGAGCACAAAAUUGCAAAAAAGUCAUUGAAACUAUCAAACACGACCAGCAUUGAAUAUUCAACUCAGUCAUUUGAUGUUUCAGCGAAGGCUUUUCCUUAUUUAAGUCUUUUGAAAGCAGGAGUUGUUGAUGUCCUGCUGUGCUUCAUGACCAGAUGUCUUUUUGAAAACACUCAGUGUACGCUUAGAUUGGCAAAUGCUUGAAUGCUUUGCAUUGAUCGAUUCCUCAGGGGAUUGUGGACUGUCCACACUCAUCACACAAAUCCCUGCUUGAGGAGAAAAAAAACCAAACGAGGAGGGAAGAAGGAUGAUGGUAGUCAAGGCUUACAGGCGGUCGUGGCAAUCAAUCCACCACAGGUAAGGAGUAGAAAAGGAAGGUGGCUGAGGAAGAGAAGGUUUUGAGUUUCCACAUCUGGAACAUGAGUUCAGGUCAUUGACGGGGUUAGACAUGUUAAGGGAAACGUGGCUUUAGGACUGUUCAGUCCCACUAGAUGACCCCAAAUUAGAUGUAGUUGUAAACCCAGUGUCCUUUCACACAACAAGCAAUAUGGCCAGGCUGAUGGCCGUAUUGCCCAGCCACACAAAUCUAAAUAUAAUCAGGGGUGGAGAAUUAAGUCUUUCACAAAGGAAAUGCGUGUAGAAUCUCCACAAAACCCUAUAAUUUAAAAAAAAUCAACAUAAUCUGACAGAUCUUUGGUUCCUGUGGAUGAAAUUGUUUUAAACUUUACUAAACCCCAGUUACACAGUGAAAAUGCCAUCAGUACUGACUUGAUGACGACGAGGCGAUUAAUGGAAAGUGAAUGAGAAACCUGAAUCAGUGCCUAUAACCAAUCACCAUCAGAUAAACAGCUGCAGCACAAGCAUGAAUGUAGUUAAUAAUCAUACUACCAGCAUAAUACCUUCCAGACAUCAGAGGGCUCAUAAAACCCUCAUAAAAAAGGACUUGUAUUUUUUUUUUUU